UACCACUCGCACCACCGUGAAAAUUCAUCAGCUGACAGCUGGUCGUUGCUUACGUUUCCCUAAUGGUAAAUUGAAAAUUUUGUAACACCGCUCGUUUUGUAGUACGUUUGUGUAAGCCGCGGACGUUAGCUGGUCGCUUUCCUGUCCACGUCCGACGCGUCUGGUAAUCCAGCUGUCCGACGUCCAUCUGUCGAACAAGAAUAAAACAAACCAAAAAUUCAAACUCGUCAGGAAACCAUUUUAAUGCAUUAGAAAAUGAGUGCCAAUAUGCAUAAACUCAACGACGUGAUCGAACAUUACAAGAGGCACAUCAAUAAAGCGUGCGCAGCCAAUGACAAUGACAAGAUUAUGUAUUGUAUUACAAAACUUACGAGACUUCCUAUAACUGUUCAGAAUUUACAAAAAACUGGGAUAGGACGUGUAGUCAACAGUUUGAGAAAAGACGAGGGAAAUAUCGGAGAAGCCGCAAAAACAUUAGUGCUCAAGUGGAAAAAUGUCGUAAAAGUGGAAGAGUCAGAAAAUUUUUAUCAGAGAGAUGACAAUUCCGGAGACGAACACUAUGAAGUGUCUUCUACAAACGAUAACGAAGAGUUACAGAUAAGCCAAAAUAUUACAUCCAGUGUAGCGUCAACUAGCUAUUACAAUAAAAGCAUUGAAUCUAAUUUACCUAAUGAAACUAAUGAAAGCGACAGUAAUAACUCUAGUGAUCAGGAAUCAUCUCAUCGUCGACAUAGUGACGACAAAACUAAAUAUAAAAAAAUCAAAAAAGAAAAAGACUGUAAAAAGCGAAAAGAUUCCGAUUCUAGCCACGCAGAUGAUCACAGAGAUGGCCAUUCUUCAAAGAAAGUCAAAAGAGAGCACAAAUACGACAAACACGACAGCGCCAAACAUAAAAAACAUUCAACGAACGAACACGAGACUAAAGUGUCAUCGAGUAAAAGCUCUAUUGAUAAAAAAUACUCUGAAAGUAGUGUUAAAAAAGAAAAGAAAAGUUCUCAUUCUGAUUCAAAAAAAGACAAACAUAAAUCUGAAUCUAAAAGUCAUAAAGACAAGAGCGAAUCAAAAUCUAGUCACAGAGACAAAAGUGAAUCGAAAAAAUCGUAUAAAGAAAAAACUAGUAAUGAUUCAAAGCCUUCGACAAGCAGUUCUAUUAGUAGUAAAACGUUUGAAGAAGCUCUGCUAGGAUUUCCAGUUCUCAAAAAGAAGAAUACUAAAACCAAAAACCGGGAAAUGUCGAGUCGGUCGAGCUCGUCUGAAAAUGAAUUCAGUCCUCCGCCGACACAUUCGAAUUUGGCUCCUUUGAGUUUAGACCCUGAAGAACUAAUUGCCAAUUACAAACCAUUACCUCAAUUAGAAAGAAAGAAAAAGAUAACUGCUGACGAUAUUGAUCCGCUAGCGUCCAUUAUGACCACCAAAAAUAUGAGAACAAAAGUGUAUUCAGGGAAUAAGAGCACAUAUUAUACAGAAGUUCCUAAAUUGCAUGAUAUUUGUGUUCAAAUUAUAAAGGAUAACUUAGACGCUCUGGAAUACACCGGCGGAGUUCCUUUUGUCAUACUCGAACCAAUUUUGAAGUACGCCACGGCCGAUCAGUUGUACAGAUUAGAACAAUACAACGAAUAUUUAAUAGAAGAUACGGGCAGUUUUUGGGAAUUUCAUUGUAAGAAAGAGUUCCGAAACAAAGUACCGGAAGACGAUGAGCCUUGGAGAGACUUUUAUAUUCGAUGUCUUCAAGAACGUGAAACUAAAUUGGCCCGACUUCGACAAAACAUCAAUGCUAAUCAAGCGGCGUCCACUCCAGUGAGGAAGACUCAAAUGGCGUUUUUAAACUCUACGGUUAAACCGCCUCGAAACAUAGCUAAUAAACAGGCCAAAUACCAUGCAGCCUCUGAAACUAAAAUUAAUAUUUUAAACAAAUCUAUGAUGGGUGAACACUCGACCGCAGAAUCUUUAUCGGCAAAUAGAAAAUCGACUGCAAUGGCUACAGGAACUGCGAUAUCUUUGUCUGCAUCUAGCGCUACCCCGCCCGGAAUAAUAAAAAAGAGAAAAGCUCCGUUAAUGCAAAAGGCUCUACAACUUAUUAAAUCAAGAUACAAGCGAUGAGUACUUAACACAUUUUUCUUAAAACUAAAAGAUUGUAUGUUUAAUAUUUUAAACAUGUAUAUUUUAUUUUAUGUAGGAAAAAUAAGUUUGUUUAAACGUUACAUGUUAUAUAUCUGUGAUUUGUCAAAACUAUUUGACAUCUCGUAGUGCACUACUUUUAUUUAGGCCGUAGGCUUAACUUUUUCAAAUUUCAUUGACUUUUGAAUAUAGACUGUUGUUGUAUAAUUUGUCUAGUAUAAAAUUAUAAUUUAUAACUCAUUGUAACCCUCCCCCCUCUCCAUUAUAGUACCUAUCAGUUAUAACUAUAUCAAUAGGUAACAUUUUUAAUGUAAUUUUUAUUUUUUCUAUCACGCUUUAGUGAAUAGUAUUACUAUUAUAUUUGUGUAUUUCUAAGCUACCACAUAUACAACGCGAUUAUAAAACAAUUAUUAUUAUCAUUGUACGUCGUUUUCACAAUAAUUAUAUAAUAACAAAAUGUUUAUUGUUUAAAAAUUAUUUAUUUUGAUAUUUUACAAUAACCGUUUUAGAUUUAAUAUAUAUUUUAUACAACGAUAAUAAUUUAUUUUUUCAAUAACACAACUUUUACAUAUUUUUUAUAAUUUAAAAAAUGUAGAAGUUGGUCCUCGUCACCAGUGCUUCAAGUUGUACCUGUAAAUAAAGCGCAAGAGACUUAUUCUGACUGCAAACGUAACAUAACAAACAAUAUUGUUACAAAUUUUGUGUUAAUAAAAAAUAUGUUAUAACGAUUUACAACACUGCAAGUAAUAUACAUUUUCUAUACUGGACACUGUACUUAGAUAAUUUUUAAAAGAAUUAUGAUUUUUACUAUCAAAAAUGUUAUUUUUAUUUGGCGCAAUUAAACAUGGAAAAUAAAAUCGCUAAUCAGAAAAUAUGGCAAGUGUUAGAAAGGCCAUUUUAAAAGGAACUCAUUCAGUUCCAAAACUGAAUAAGAAUAACUAAUAAGAACUUGUUUCUCUUUUUGUUCCUUUUUUAAAUUAUUUUAUUGAAGAAUCGAGUUAUUUAUAAUAA